GCCAGGUUCAACUGCCUGGUUCGACCGGCGGGGCCAAACCGGGUUAACAACCAUUCUUCCUCUUCGAGACUCGAGUCCUCUGCUUUCCUCCGCUCUUUCCAACGCUUUCCAUUUCCAACAUCACCUUCUUCGCCAAGUCGUUCUCUUUUUUCACAACCUUCUGCAUGAAGCACCUUAAUCAAAGAUACUAGUCCACCUUUAGUCUCAGGAUCCUAUGUCGUCAUCUGUAUAUAUACAUAUCCGCGGAUCCGCUCCUGAGGUGCCACUUGAACGGAGAACGAUUGAAAACCCUUCUGUAGUAAUCCACAGCAGGAAAUCGCUUUUACUCACAGGUGAGAUUUGCUGUUUGGUUCGUCGAUGGCUCGUUACAUUCCUCCAAACAAGCGGCACUCGGUGGAAAGUGGGAGGAGAACUCCCCCAACUCCAGAAGCGUUUGCUCUCCAGUUCAGGAGAAUUCUCGAUUUAAGCCCGAAUUCUAGCAUUGCUAGAAAGACUGGAAAGAUUAUUUACGCCAACAAUUCCAUAUCUAGAUGGUUUGCUGUUGGUUUGGAUGAUGAGCAUCAAUUCCCUCCUAACAUUUGGCUAAAGCCAGUUUUCUUGGAGUCCAUUCAGCGCAGAGAAGGAGAAACACCUCUAAUCUUAGUUAAUGAUAAGCAUUCAUCUGCAGAGAGUGAUGGAGUAGUACCAAGAUGCUUGAGAACUCCAUGGGACGUCAUAGCUGCAGAUGUGUUGGAGGGUUUGCUUUCUUCUUUCGGGAUAUUGAGGUCUGAAAUGGAGGCUCAGAGAUUGGAGAAGAUAAAGCCUACUCUAGUGGCUAGAUUUGGCAAGAUUGUUUUCCGCGAAAGCCCAUCAAUGAGGCUUGUAAGUAUUUGUCAAAGAAAAAGGCUUGUAAGUAUAGGAAGUGAUCAGCAGCUGGAAGAUGCAUUGAUGAGAUCAAAACGCACAUUCUACACGAAUCUUCCCUCUUCUUAUGUGGAUAGUGUUCUUGAUCAAGCUGUCAACCCUGAGAUAGGGUUGGAGUUUGAGGAGCAGAGGGAUAUAUACCAUGUCAAGUUGUCUGAUAACAGAAAACCUGAUGCGACUCUCUCCUGCAAAUGUACUGUGAGGGAAGAAGAUAAAAAGCUGCAACUGCACAAGGCAUGUUUCCAUAUGCUGCAAAAAAAGAAGAUUUUUUUUUUCCUGACAACCUUUAAUGACUCACUGUUCAAGUUCAAAGUUCAUGUUGAAUUGAACCAAGUGCGGCAGAUGGUCACAGACAUAUCGUGUCUUGAUAAGAACAUAGACCUUCGGCUAAUGCUAUGCUCCAAGAGGAUCUUGACAUCUCUUACAGAUGAUGAGAUGAGCAGCAUCCAAGAACUUAUCGACUGUGCAGUCGUAGAGGCAGAUGUGAAAGGUGGGCUGAAAUGGCCACUGGGGAAAAGAAUGUCUUCUGGAGAUAGGUACAGCGUUGUUGGGGUGUGGCACACAGUCCAUAAAGCUUUUAGUAACACAUCCCUCAGGCUUAAAGUUAGGGAUGCCGAUCGAUUCGAUUUCAUGAAAGGCACCGGGGAAGCAUCAAGGGAAGUGUCGAAGGCCAAAGAGGUGGAAGCUUCACCAAAUUCCCCAACUAUGAGACCCAUUAAUCUCUCGACACCCAAUCCCACUUCUUCACUGAUCAGUCCUCUAAAGCAUGCUAAUCCAAUCCCAUUUCCCAGACUCUCAAUUCUUCCUUCCCUUUCCUUAACCCACCCCUGCCGCCAAUCCUUCAAUCGGCCUCGCUUCAUCGCUCUCCACGCUUCGGAUCCCACCAAGCGAUCCGAUACAAUCGACGCAGUUCAAUUCGACCACCACAACUGUUCCAACGCCGUUCUGGAUAGCGAGGAUGGACCCGGUACGAAUUUGAACGUGCAAGUGGGUAAUGCUCUAGUUCCUUCGUUUAUUCACCCAUGGAUGAAGCUCAGCUUGGCCGAUCAAGCCUUCUUCCUCUUCACGUUCGCCGCUUGCACGACAUGUGUAGCAUUUACAAGUCUCGUUGUAGCUGCUGUCCCAACGCUUCAUGCAACGAGGAGAGCUGCAUUGUCUCUUUCAAAGCUUGCGGAUGCAGCUCGUGAAGAACUACCGAGUACAAUGGCUGCGAUUCGCUUGUCGGGCAUGGAAAUCAGCGAUCUAACACUCGAAUUGAGUGACCUCAGCCAUGAGAUAUCGGAUGGGGUGAACAAAUCAGCUCAAGCUGUUCAAGCAGCAGAAGCUGGAAUUCGACAAAUUGGUACACUAGCUCACCAGCAUACAAUCUCAAUGAUUGAAGAGCGAGCAAACCUUCCUGUCAUCUCGUUGCAACCAGUUGUGGUCGGGGCAGCAAAGAAAACCUCUCAUGCAGUAGGUCAGGCGACCAAAAGCUUCCUUAAUCUCAUCUCUGGAGGGCAAAGGGGGAACGAUCGAAUUGAUAGGGUAGAAAUGUAAAAGUAAAACCAGCAAUCUUGUUUUACUGCUUCAAGUGAGCUCAAGGUUUUUUUUUUUUUUUUU